GUAUGUGUGUGUGACUGUGCGUGUGCAUACACCAAGUCAAUCUUACGAGCGGGAGACCCCAAAUUCCCAUGUUUCUCUGCCGCCCUUUUCCAUGAUCGUAGCAAAGCAGAGUUCCAGAAGAUGCAUGCUGCCCUCAGGAAGAAUUCCAGAUCCCAGAAAGGAAAGGGAGCGCCCCAUUUCGUGAGAAUAGCUCCUGCAUAGGGGAGAGGGGGAGCUUGAAUGGCAAAACACAAGCAGGAAGCAAAAACAACUUUGAAAGGAAGAGAUGCAAAAGAUGGUGCCUACAUUCUCACUGUGCUUGAAGCCUUUUGCAACUCAAUUUGUUUGAGGAAGGUAGUCAAUCACGUCAUCGUAUUGAGCUGUGUGCAUUUAAUCCUUUAUAUUUCAUAGGAACUGAAUCCCUGAUUUGAUUGACCUGUUUGUGCUUAGGACACAUUGUGUGACCCUGCCCCCCUGAGUGAAGGAAGAAAGAGAAAUGGACCAGGGUCAAAGGAUUGGCGUCUCAUUUUUUGUGAACUUAAUAUUCAUGCUUUAUGAACGUGUUCUGGGCUUUUGUAUGUCCUAUGUUGUGUAAACCCUGCAUAAAGGACAGAGAGAGAAUGGCUGGCCUUCCUUUAGCAUGUGGGGGAAGUGGAAAAGGCCCUUCUGGUGCUCAGUCUGGAAUCCGUGGGGAUAUCUGGGCAAGAACUGGGCAGAAGAUGCUGGAAGAAGGAACCAUCGUUUCACAAGUUCAGGCCUGGAACUUCAGGAGCAUCCAAUAUCAGGAGGAUGAGGGUCCCCGAAGACUUUAUAGCCAACUCCACUACUUUUGUAGUCGAUGGUUGAGACCAGAAAAGCACACAAAAGCGCAGAUGCUUGACCUGGUGGUUCUGGAGCAGUUCCUGGCCCUUCUGCCCCUGCAGAUGGAGAGCUGGGUGCGGGAGUGUGGAGCAGAG